UGCUACUGAAAUGCUAGAACUAGGCGUAAAUACAGCCAAUCCGAGCAUGAAGAAGCACUCCAUUUAUCUUUUAUUUAAUGAGGAUGACGGUCACCUAGCAAGGUUUGCCUUCUGCACACUCGCGUGCGGGCUCUGCACCAUGCUCAACCUUUAUUCACACGGCGUUUUGAUCGUCUUCCAGAUCUUUUGGUCUGUCGGUAUUGCAGCCCCCAUAGCGAACCUCUUAACAGUCGUGCAGGCAGGUCUAACUAAGAAGGACAACGCCGCGAGCACAGGCAACAGAGUUUUAUUACGCAGCUACGGGACUACUUAGGGUGUGACUAUCCCUACUGCAGUGUCCAACAGCCGUUUCGGUCAACUGCUCCCUACUAUUGGCGACGCUGUAGCCCGCAGCCUCCUUAGGCAUGACGAAUAUGUUUCAAGGUGUGGUGCGCGAUUAGAUCCUCUAUGUCUACACCUUCAGCAUACAGAGAGUCUGGCAGCUCGGCGUUAUCUUUUCCUCUCUUUCUUUCCUGGUAGCUUUUCUAGACAGGGGCAUCAAGCUGCGUGACGAAGUCAAUGUCGACUUUUCUACGGAGAGAGACGUAAAAGGGGGUAGGUUGACAUAUCAGAGAGUGAAAAAACACUGAUGUAGUCAACUUUCUCGGACGGUUCCGUUGCUUCCAGAUCAGAUUCGUCCCCGCAAGAUCUUUAGCUUCAUUAUAAUUCCGUUUCGGUAUGAUAGCCUUCAUGCUUGUUCAAAUAUUAGACUUAACAUUCAUUAAUAGCUAUUACAUCUAUUUUAA